AUGAAGAAGGUGGCCGGUGUGGUGAAUUAUGUGCGCCACCAGGCCAACCAACUUUAUCAGUCCCCUAACCGGACGCUGGAGAUCCUCGAGGUUUUCUGGGACUUUUCGCGACGCUAUUUCUACGCUUUAGCCUUCUGGUCCCUGUUCAGUGCCAAAUUGCUGCAUCUUUUCGCCCAUCUAUAUUCACUACCCUUGCAGAAAUUCAUCCUCUGGGGACCUUCGUUCUUUUUUCAAGAUGUCGCGAUCUUAUUGCUGUUUCGCAUUUUGGUGCAGAAAACCUCAGGUUUCAUCGCGGCCCUAUGUGCACUUAUUGUCCUCCCAUCUAGCUUGAUUGUCUCGGGAAUGGCUGCCGCCAACUUCUCCGUCUAUGUCUUUACGGGCUCUGAGAUUCACUGGCGACAGGCCAAAACUUUCACUGGGGAUGCCGCAGCUCUCCGGACACUACUCUCCGGAUUGACCGGAUUUUUGAUUGGGGAAGCGCUUCUUGUUGCAGGCGCCUUGUUCACGGCCCGCCCAAUUCACAGAUUUGGUGGUGGCGUUCUGCAUGUCUUGGCGUGGCCCUGUCGCUGGGUGCUGACGCGACUGCGACCGUGUGUGGGACCCCUACUGCAACGUUUCCAAAAACGGUCACGUACAUCAUUACCGGAUCCCCGGUUAUAUGAGCAGAUUCAUUUGGAAGAUGAUUAUUUGAACGAUUCCGACGAUGAUGAUGAGGGUGACUUCCUGCUCGAUCCGCUCGGCAACAGUGCGUCGGAGAAUAGGCGUUCCACCGACCGCUUAAUUCCGAGGGUCCUGGUGCUCGGAUUCGUCUUCUUGGCAGUGACGUUGCGCUUACUCCGCCCGUCUGAGCCGGUGUAUCUAUACUUGUCAGGAACCUUACCAUUGGCCUCGUUCUUUGAAGGCGGUCACCGGAAGUCUCCGGUGGAUAUCUCGGGACUGCCUCCCUAUCAGUUCACCUAUUUAGCAGGCCAAGAUUCGUUGCACACACCACCGUCCUGGGCCUGGAUGCCCAAGGAAGCUGGUCCAGGAUUUGAGGAUUGGAAGCCCAAGCUUCCCAACGCGAAUGAAUCGGUUCACUACAGCCCACAGACGAAUCCCCUGCAUAUCUCCAACCUACAGCAGCCAGUGCUGGAGUCUAUACAAGGCGUUCUCGCCGACGGAAGUGUCAAGAUCAAACAUGUGGUCCUGCUGAAGCUCGAAAGUGCUCGCGCAGACACCUUCCCCGUGCGCAAGGACUCGUUCCUGUACAAUCGGAUCGCGGAAACGUAUGACGAUGGUGAAAUACCCAAGGAGGUCCAAGACCGCAUUGCCAAUCUUACUCGUACGGCCGAGUUCUUGACCGGCUUUUCGUCUGGUUUCCCGCACAACGACACGCUCCAUGCAGACCGCAAAGCCUUUGGGGGUCUCAGCGCGAGCAACGCUUAUACAACUUCCACCUACACCCUCAAGAGUUUGGCCGGUACACUCUGCGGAGUAACUCCAUUGGUUGCCGACUUCAACCGCGAGUGGGAGCACCACAUCUAUCAGCCCUGCCUGCCCCACGUCUUUGAAAUGCUCAGCAACCAAGAGGGCAUCACCAGCGACACCGAUGAUUUCACCAAAUGGCCCUGGCACUCAAUCUGGAUGCAGUCGGUCACUGAAGGUUAUGAUAACCAGGACAAACUGACACCAGUGUUGGGUUUCAAGGACAAGUACACCAAGGAGAUCAUCGAAAGCCCUGAAGCAAAGCACUACCCCGUGAAAUCCGAGGAAAUCAACUACUACGGGUACGCCGACACUGAACUGCGCGAGUACAUCCGCGACGCCAUCGAUGACGCCGAGCGCGACCACCAGCGUCUCUUCAUUUCCCAUCUGACCGGCACCACCCACCAUCCCUGGGGCAUGCCCAACAACACCUACGAGCAGAUUCUCGGCUCGACCAAGGGCCAUAACGAAGAUUUCAACCGGUACCUCAAUGCCGUCGGCUUCCAGGACAAAUGGAUCACCGAAAUCAUGGGUAUUCUAGAGGAAAAGGGCGUCGCCAACGAAACCCUUCUCGUGAUGGCCGGUGACCACGGUCUCUCGCUUCCCAACGACGGCGGCAUCACACCCUACGAUAACCCACACGUCGGCAGUUUCGCCGUGCCCAUCGUCCUCGCACACCCGCAACUACCUGCCCUGGAGAUCUCUGCCCCAGUCAUCAGCGACCAGAUCGUCCCUACGAUCCUGGACCUGCUUAUCGAGUCCAAAUCUCUUUCCAAGAAAUCCACCAAGCCAGCAAAGGACAUUCUUUCUUUAUACGAAGGCCAGUCACUCAUUCGCCCGCUCAUCCAAGAACAGAAUGGUAUGCAGGAUUGGCAGUUCACAGUCAUGAACACUGGUGGUUCAUGGCUUGCGGUCCGAUCCGCCGCCCGACCGCAAUACAGACUCGUUAUCCCGCUCGUCAACGAUGUCGAGUGGCGAUUUUCGGAUCUGAGCACCGACCCGAAUGAGCUGAAGCCUAUUUCGAGAUUCAACCUUGCGGAUUUGGCCGCUGUCAUUCAUAAAAAGUACGACGAGGAGGUGCUUCAAUGGCUUUUCGACGCAGCAUAUGUGACGAAUUGGUGGGUCGGAGAAAACUGGGCGCGGUAUAAAUUCCAUCCUAAGAAUACUGGCGAUGAGUGA